AUGGUGCAAGAGUCUUCCUCGGUGACACCAGUCCCUAUGCUCAAAUAUGAUCUCGACAUCGUGAUCCCAACGAUCCGUGACCUGGAUUUCUUGGAGACGUGGAGGCCAUUCUUUGAGCAAUACCACCUGAUCAUCAUUCAGGACGGUGAUCCUUGGAAGACCAUCAAUGUCCCAGAAGGGUUUGACUAUGAGAUUUACAACAGGAACGACAUCAUUCGAAUCUUGGGUGCCAAGGCAUCUUGCAUUUCCUUCGAAGACUCUGCUUGCCGCUGCUUCGGAUUCUUGGUCUCCAAGAAGAAGUACAUCUACACCAUUGAUGAUGAUUGCUUCGUUGCAAAGGAUCCAUCUGGAAAAGAGAUCAAUGCGGUUGAGCAGCAUAUCAAGAACCUCACAUCUCCAUCAACUCCACGUUACUUCAACACACUUUAUGAUCCAUACAGAGAUGGUGCCGACUUUACUCGUGGAAACAACUUCGGUAUGCAGGAGAGCGACCCUACUCGUGAAAACCCUUUCACAAUGCGUGAGGGUGCUAAAACUGUGGUCUCUCAUGGCCUCUGGCUCAACGUCCCUGACUAUGAUGCUCCCAUCUUGGUUAUAUAUAGGUACGUUGAUGCAGUCAUGACCAUUCCAAAGGGAACUCUUUUCUCCAUGUGUGGUAUGAACCUCGCUUUCGACCGUGAACUGAUUGGCCCGGCUAUGUACUUUGGCCUUAUGGGAAAUGGACAACCAAUUACAGGGUGUGAUGACAUGUGGGCUGGUUGGUGUAUGAAGGUUAUAUGUGACCACAUGGGAUGGGGAGUGAAGACGGGCCUGCCUUAUGUAGACCACAAAAAAUCUGGCCACCCAUUCGAGAAUCUGAAGAAGAAAUUUAAUGGAAUAUUCUGGCAAGAAGAGGCGUUACCUUUCUUUCAAUCAGUGACACUACCCAAAGAAUGCACUUCUGUGAAGCAAUGCUACCUCGAGCUAGCUAAGCUCGUCAAGGAGAAACUUGGAAAAGUGGAUCCUUACUUUAUCAAGCUUGCAGCCGGAAUGGUCACUUGGACCGAAGCUUGGGAGGAGCUUAACCCCCUAAACUAA